CUGGGGGGCCAGGGCGGGUCCCGGUGGCCGGUCCCCGGUCCCGGUGGCCGGGGGCGGGCGGUUUCCCGAGGGCCCCCCGCGCCGCGUGUGCCCGCAUCCCGCCGCCCUGCGCGCUCCGCAUCCGGGUCAGCGCCGUGUUGCCGCGUCCCGCCGCCCUCCGGGGCCCGCGGCCUGCACGGGGGGGGGGGGGGGAGAGGGCACCGGGGACCCCCCCCCCCCGCAGAGCCUUACCGGGGGCACCGGGGACCCCCGCAGCCCCGGGGGGGGACGACACCCCCAGCCGUGCCAUGGGGUGCCGCGUCCUUGGGGCACGGCCCUGCGGUGCCCCCUGCCCCCCCCCAGCAUGGGGCCCCCGGCAGCACCCGGUUCCCCAUCCCCGGGGAGCCGCCGGCACCUGCCGCCGCACCGGGGCAAAGGGGAAGCGACCGGGAAACGUGGCUUUUUCCCCGGAUUUUUUUAUUUUAAGGCCUCCUAUACGGUGCCGGCCGCCUCGCCCCGGGGCGGGUGCCGUCCCUGUGCAGGCAGCGCCGGGCGCGGGGGAGGCCUGGAGCCGGGCCCUGCCCUGCACCGCGGACGUGCGGGGGGAAAAAACGUGGAUUUGGGGGUUUUCCUCCCUUUUUUCCCUCCUCCUUCAGUCGCCUUUCGGGCCGGGACCGUCGGCGCCAUGGACCCCCCCGGCAGCGACAACGACCUCGGCGCCUUCCCCUCGGAUGGCGACGGCCACGUGGGCGCCCGCCGCGGCCCCCCCGCCGCCACCGCCACCACCCCGCCGCCCCCCCGGCCCCCCCGCCGCCGCCGCCGCCCCCCGGAGCGGAGCCGCAAGCGGGCGGUGGCGGGGGGCUGCCCCGAACGCGCCGUCCCCCACGGAGCCAAGCGGCAGCGGGGCGGCACCGCGGAGCCCGCCGACAGCCUCGACCCCCCCUCCGCCGACGGCGACCGCCUUUUCGCCCAAAAAUGCCGCGAGCUGCAGGGCUUCAUCCGGCCCCUGGCCGAGCUGCUCCAGGGGCUCCGGGCCGGGCGCUACGAGAAAGGGCUGAGCACCUUCCAGCAGAGCGUCGCCAUGGACAGGAUCCAGCGGAUCAUCGGCGUCCUGCAGAAGCCCGAAAUGGGCGGGCGCUACCUGGGCACGCUGCUGCAGGUGGAGAUGAUGCUGAAGCUCUGGUUCCCCCACGUCGCCCCCAAAACCGCCCGGUUCGGCGUCGCCCACCCGCACCCGCCGCCCGGCUGCACCCCCCCGCCGCCGCCGCCGCCCGCCGCCGCCACCCCGGACCCCCCCGCCGCCCCGCGCCACCGACACGCCGCGGACAGCCGGACUGGGACGCCGCCGCCGCCGGACCCCUGACCGCGGCACGCGGCGCUUCGCGGAGCUGCUCCUUCCUUCGCUUUAAUUAUUUCCGCUGCCUUUUGGGUUUUGGGGGGUUUUUUAUAUAAAAAAAAAAAAAAAAAAACGGGACGGUUCCGGCGUGCGGGGCGCUCGCUCCCGGCGCUCCUGUGCCUUCACCCCGCGCCGCCCGGCUCCGCGGACCCCUCGGAUCACCGGAUCGCCCCGGAUCCACCGGAUCGCCGCCGGGGCCGGGACGUCUCGGCAGCGCUGGGCGCCCGCGUCGCGCCCGGGAAUAAAAGCGCCCGCGGGGCCGCCCGGC